CUAAAGUGAAUCUAAAAAGUAUGUAACAAUCUAGUAGAAAGAAUGUUUUACCUUGUUGAAAAAGUGCCUGACGACCCAGGGUGUGGAAAGAGGCUAGCAUCUUCUGUUUCAAGAUUUCGCAGUACAUCUGCAAAUUCGUGAUGCAAUCAAUGAAGUGCAACACCUUCAGCACUCCUAGAUCCCCACAAAACUUCACUGUGGGCACCGUGCACUCCUCACUGUACUCCUCCCUGUGCGACGCCAUUCAUUUUGGAUGCUAUCCGGUCCAAAAAGAUUGACUUUGGAUUGACAUCGGACCAGAGAAUGGAUUCCCAAAGGUCUUCAUCUCUCUCAGUAUGGGCCUUGGCAAAGGCUAAACAAGCUUUCUGGUGCUCUGGCUUCAGCAGUCUUCGGCCUCCUGCAAGGAACCAUGAAUCUUUUGCCAGCUCUGAGAAACUUGCUUGCCGAUUCUCCUGCACUUUUCUAAGCAGAACUCGCUCAUCACGAGGUGAAAGCGUACGACGUCAACCUGGGGGUUUCCAUCCUUUUUUUGAAUUUCUGUAUCACUUUUGCUUUUUGACUUAACAACAAUGACUUGCUCAUAACUCUCCGUCCCAAGUCUCCAGACAAUUCUCUCCCAUGUGGUUCCAUUGUUGUAAGCAUUAGUCUGAGAGCGAUUCAGUGAGUUAAGUGCCACUUUAAUUUUCAACCGAGAACACCUGUUUGAGUGGGAAGGUUCCAAAGACUUAUCUGGUGAUCAAUUGCACUUAACAAGCACCAAAAACACUUUUUAUGAGGUGCUAUAUUGUUGUUGACCAAAAGGUAUACUUCAUUGCUAAAGCAUCACCACUGGGUGAUCAUGCAUUUCUUAGUCUCUAGCAAGAAAAAAAGAAUUGAUAUCAGCAAUGUGCCAGCAAAGCAGCUAUUUUCUGUCGGGUACAUAUUCUUCCAGGACAAACAGAGCGGAAGAAUUGUAACAAAAUCAGCAGGGCUCCAAGAAAAAGGUCUGCACUCUUUUCUCUCAUCAUACAAGAUUACAAGGUUAUUCUGUUGUCAUUGUACAGCAGUGUUGCACUACGAAAUGCAGAUUGAAACUAUAUCAUUUAUGGAGGGCUGAGGAUGAGUUAAGGAGUCACACAGCCAGAGGAAAGAAGCUGUUCUGAAGUCUGAUGGUUCAUCAGCUGAUACUUCUGUAUCUCUCUGCAGAUAGCAGCACGGUGAACAGGUUGUGUCUCGGUGGGUUUAGUCGUUUAAUAUCCUUUGAGCUCUUCUCAGGCUCCUCUUCUCACCAAUAUCACUGAUGCUCAGUAGACCAGUGAUGUUCCUGGUGGUUUCUAUCACCUGCUGUAGAGCCUCCUGUCCUGGAACAUCACAUGUUAGUUUGUCAUGUCUCCAGUCAGGAAGCUUUCUAUUGUUCCUUUGUAAAAGUUAAAAAUAACUUGGCACUGGAAUUUAGCCUUCUUAAGUUUCCUGAAGAAAUACAGCUGUUUAUGAGCUUUCUUCACCAGGAUGGAGAUGUGUGAGGACCUUGUUGGGUUGUUGAGCAGCAGGUUAUUCUCUGAGCUCCACUCUGACGGUUGUUGAUUUCCUCUCUAUAUGAAGUCUCAUCAUUGUAAAUAGCUAUCAAUUUUACUAAUAGGUUUAAAUGAGCAUUCAUUCAUAUGUUUUUGUCAGAAUGUAGUGAAGUAUGUGUCCAGUCCAACUUUAUAUAGCUCUGCCCAAAACAGUGUCUGUUAAUGUCUAUGUAUCACUUUUGUACACUGUUGCUAUGACUCAUCCACACAUUGAAUGACAAUCGAUAAGUUUUCAUAUCUGAUGGCAUCAUCAUCUACUUUCAACGUGUAAUAGGAGCCUAUUUCCUCCACUGUAGCCUCAGCCCCUGCGGAGCCAAAGAGGCAUCUCAAACAAAUCUUCAGGUUCCCAGCUUUCAGAUGAUGUACACCACUUCUAUGUUUUAUAAAGUGUUGACAUGCUAUCUCCCCCUAAAGAUCCACUGCCCCCCCAAGACAAAAAUGGGUCAAUGCGGGUCUCUCAGAGUUCAAUAAAAAUUCAAACCAUAUUCAAAGUAUCCUUGUUAUGAAAUAUGGCUUUGCUGUCUCGAUCUCCCAGGUUUAGUGGAAUGUCUGGAUGGCAUCCUCAGCAGCCUGCUGGAGGACAACAUUCAGGUGUGGGCCAUGAAGAGCCAGAGCGAGCACCCGCAGGUGCACACUCUGUUGGAUAAGAUGGAUGCUGCCUCCGACCAGCCUGUACCAGCGGUGUUACGUGCCACCACCUCCAUCAAAUCCCCCACCCUCUACAUCUUCACCUCUGGAACAACUGGGCUCCCUAAGGCUGCAGUGAUCACUCACCUCCAGAGCUUGAAGGCAGCAGCAGGGUUUUGGGCGUUUGGAGCUACUGAAGAUGACGUGGUGUACAUCCCUCUGCCGCUCUACCACAGCGCAGCUUCCUUGAUCGGUAUAGGAGGAACCAUAGAGCUGGGUGCGACCUGCGUCUUAAAGAAGAAGUUCUCAGCCUCCCAGUUCUGGAAUGACUGUAGAAAACACAACGUUACUGUUUUCCAGUAUAUCGGUGAACUCUGCAGAUACCUCUGCAACCGGCCCAAGACAGCGGCGGAUCAGGUUCACAAGGUGCGGAUGGGAGUCGGGAACGGGCUGCGGCAGGACGUGUGGCGGGAGUUCCAGAGUCGCUUUGGAAACAUUAAAAUGUGCGAGGUGUACGGCUCCACUGAGGGAAACCUGUGUUUCAUGAACCACAUUGGCAAGAUCGGAACCGUGGGUCGCUCCCACUUCUUCUACAGGCUCUUGUUCAAGUACGAUAUGGUGAAGUACGACAUGGUGAAAGAUGAACCAGUGAAAGAUCCGUAUGGCUUCUGUCAGCGAGUGGAAAAGGGUGAGACGGGGCUUUUACUGUCCAAGGUGAGCACCUUGAGCCCGUUCUUUGGCUACGCUGGAAGCAAGCAGCUGACAGAAAAGAAGCUGAUGAGAAACGUGUUUGUGAAGGGAGACGCCUACUUCAACACAGGCGACCUCAUGGCUGAAGACCAGGAGGGCUUCAUCUGCUUCAGAGAUAGAGUGGGAGACACCUUCAGGUGGAAGGGUGAGAAUGUAGCAACGACGGAGGUAACGGAGAUGCUUGGGCUGGUGGAUUUCAUCCAGGAAGUCAAUGUGUAUGGAGUGGAAGUGCAAGGGCACGAGGGUAGAGCGGGUAUGGCCGCCGUGAUUGUGAGACCGGGCCUCGCGUUCGACGGCAAGAAGCUGUUUGAGCAUGUGAUGAGCGACGUCCCGGCUUACGCUCGCCCGCUGUUCAUCAGGCUCCAGGAGGUCAUGGAGAUGACGAGCACCUUCAAGCAGCAGAAGUUCCAGCUGGUGCAGAGCGGCUUCAACCCCUCUACGAUCUCUGACCUCCUCUAUGUGUUGGACUACCAGCAGGAGAGCUACAUUCCUUUGACGGACAGCAUCUACCGGAGCAUCCUCGUCGGAGAACGCAAGCUGUAGAAUUCUUAGUACGGUCGUGAAGCCCAGCGAGGGAUGAAGGCAGCGCUGCCAGCUGCAGCACGUUGUGUCCCACAGACACCAGUGAGCCCACAAUCAUGUUCAGUGAAGUACUGAGGUCUGAAGGGAAAGCCUUCGUCUAGUUAGUGGAUGACAGAGGACCAGGAACAAUAUGAACCUGAACGCAUCACUGUGAAACACCAACUCACACCUUCAACUGAAACGGUGUGUUGGUUAUUGAAGCCCUUCAUUUGUCCAGUCAUUUGAUGAAAGCACUGCAAAAAUAAGCUCUUAAUUAAUGAAGUCAGUACAUUUGAAUGGGGACAAGAAUUUGCCCUUCAUUUACAUAGAAUAGAAAUAUUUGACAGAUUUGUUAAUGAUAUGUUUGAGUUAUUAAGGUUUAUAUUAUGGUUGGGGUGUUGGUUUACACUAUGGGUCUUUAUUAAUGAUUAUUGAAUUCAUAAUUGUUAGAAGGAUUAUUCUUCAGUAUUCAAGUGUUUAAUUGUUUUACUCUGAUAUGGGCUAAAUUUAUGGAUAGAUUAAUAAUAAUAACAAUAAUAAUUAUACAUGAAUGGACUGUAAUAUAUACAGUUGUUUUUAAUGGUCUUUCUGCAUGGAUUAAGAGGGUACAUUGUCAUUUCAUAAUUCCCAUAAAAUCCAUUUAAAGUGCCUUAAUUGCAUCAGUACUAAAGGAUACAUUGAUGGUCCAACAUUUUGAAAAGGAAAAUUCAUAAAUGUGUUUUUUUUAACUUACAAACAAAUAAAUGGUUCACAGAAGUUUUUGCUACUUUGCAAAUAUAUAUUUUUAACAUCUGUCGGAUUGUUUAAAAUGUCUUUGUGAAUCUUUCCAACAAAAUCAACAUUUUUAUCCAGAGAUAUUUUUUUCACUAAUUUUACUUCUUUAGCAAAUUCCGAUGUUCCGUUGACCGAUCACAGCAAGAAUGUGUUUAUUUAUGAAACAGAAGUAGUUGAAUAUUGUCUUGACUGAGAGAGAUUUUCAAUAUGAAGAGCCCAAAAGUGGCCAGAUAUUCAGCCAUAUCAAAUGUUUCUUUUAAUUCUGUCAAAGUUCUGAUUCCACAAUUUAUUUAUACAUUUUAAUUUCUUUCUUGUCUUUAUGUUGUUUUUUUUAUAUGUGCUGCUAAAUAUAUUUACAGACAUUCAGUCUUGGGAAACCUCUCAGGGGAGGGCUGGGAUCUGAACCAUCAACCACAAUAAGCAUCAAAGCAUAUUUACGUGAUCGAUAUCAACAGCUAAUUCAUGAAAAUUACAUUUUGUUAAAGCUUAAUAUGCAGCAUUUUCCUAAAAAACAACAUAGAGACUGAGAAUAAAGAAUCACUCUAAAUCAUCAUUUAAGACCCUCUUGCAGUCUGUAUUUACUCUUUUCUUCUUGUUUUGCUGUGUUUGGCUCCUGGGAAUCAGCAAAGAGCCUUCGGGCCCUUUAGGUCUGUAACCCCCCCAGCCAAUAAGCAGGGUGUGCAGCCCGUAGUCAUUCCCAGGUCAGAUACCACUGUUUGUCACGCCUCUCUGCGUCUGAUCCUGAGGCACAUGGCACCCUUUAGCAUCUGAUACAAAGCAACCAAGGUACUUAAGAAGAGCUGCACAGUGAGUGCUCUGAUUUGUUUUUCUUAUAUAAAUUUCUUUUUCAAUUCAUUUUCAGGGCUGAUUUGAAAUAAUAAAUGGCGUGUAGAUCCAUUUUCAACACAUGAAAUGCCAAUUUUUGUAACGGCAAUAUUGAUGUGUUUCAUCACAUUACAGUCAGUUUACAGCUCAAAAGCACAUUUCAGUGUUGCAGUACCUCUUUUUUGGGGGCAUAGUAGCUAAAAGCAGCAUCCCCAAAGGUUUGGUGGUGACCUUGGGAACAGUUCAAGAGGCAGCUGUGCAGAAACCUGGGUACAUGGAGGAUCAUAAAACAAUAUUGAGUCUGUGAAAUAAAAGGCCAGGCCAUUAAGUGCCUUAACAAAAGGGAAUUUAAAGAGAAGCACUUCAAACUUCUAAAAGAUACGGGUAUCCAGAACAGGAGUUAUAUCAUCUCUCAUUUGAGUUUUGGUUAAAUUCCUGGCAGUAGCAACCUGACUGGUCCUUAACCGUGAUCCUUUGUACAGCUGUUCAACAGACACCUCAGUGGGGACCAAAGCUGUGGACCGACCCACAUCCGUAGACACAUGGCUAAAAAUAUAACAAUACAUGACAUGAUAACAUAUUGUGUUAUGUUAACAACCAUAUUAAUUAUACUGCUUAGUACAUGCAAGAAAUUGAUAGACUAGCCUCUGGUUAUAGUAAAUCAUCCAAAUGUAUUUACCGAAUCAAUAUGUACUGUGAAGGGAAGCUUGGUCUCAGCUGAAUGUCCCCAUGAGGAGCUAUGUCACAUAAAUAUAAAGCGUAUGAAAAGAAGAGGUUUUUUGGGGGGAGGAUGGGCUGCAUUGAUUUACAGCAGUGAAUACAUCAGUAUGCUUCAAACCAAGUGCCUGUCGGAUCUGAAAGCGCCUGAAAAGCCUUUGGUGGUCACAAUUAGUUUUAACGUUCCAAAGUAGAAGAAUGACAAUCAAGGUCUUAGUACAGAUGAACUUGGAGAUAGACUUUCUUUAACCUACGCAUUCAUGAGCGGAUAAAGCUGUCUCGCGUAUCCUGCUGCCAUUUGGAGCAUUGGCUAUGUACGUAAGAAGCAUACUGAGGCCUUGAACAGGAGGAGGGCACUGUUCACGAGAACCGCAGGGGGUUAUGGGAGUAAAACAGCAGAGGGAGAGUCACAUCAAACCUGUCCGUCCUGUGUCAUUUACAUGUGGGUAGAGCGUUUAACCUGCGGACAUCAGGGAGAAGAGGUGGAGGUCAGGACCUGCUGGACUGUACAGUAUGUUAUCUGAGAGAGAUACUGUAUCUACACACGUGAUUGUUCGUCCAUUCCAUAACGCAUACAUGUGGCAUACAGCGGCAAUACUUUCAGCACCUGACAUCUACUUCAGCCAUCUGAACAAACAUCUCUUCAGAUUUGGGUUCCUGUGGUCUAUGACAAUCCAACCAGGGGCUUUGAGUGGGAACAAGUCUUUCACAACGCUACAUCCAGAGGUGACUGUUUUUAAGUUAACUGUAAUCAGAGCUACAGGUGAACAUCAACCCACGUGAUUUAUAGUUUCAACAAAUGAAACCUUCAGAAACAUCAUUAUUUACAGUGAAGAGCUGCAGGAAUAAAACACAGAAAUGAAUUCUUGCACUUCAAUGUUUUUUUUAAUGGGUUUUUGGUUAGAUGCCUGAAAUGAGGUACAUUCAACAUAAACUCCAAGACAUUUACAUGUUUUAUUCUAUGACAUA